UACUAAUUAAUUAUUAAGAACUCUCGGCAAGUUUUGGAACACACAUCUCUCUCCCCGUCUCUACCGGCCUUCUCUGCUUUUUCUCCGGUAAUGGUUUAACUGCUUAAAAUUUCCUUCGUUAUCUUUUCUUUUCCUCGGUAAUGGUUUAACGAUGUAAUCUCAGCUCUCACAGCCCGCCUUGAUCCAAAAUUCUUGGCCGGCUCUUCUUUCUCUUUAUUUUUUAUUCAUUUCUCUGCUCUGUAUGAAUUGAAAAUGGUUUCCAAUUCUCAGAAGAAAAACCUUCACUCUGUAUUAUCCAGCAACCUCAAAAAGCUCUCAAUAACGCCUCCCAACCCUACCUCUGACUUCGACUUCUCUGAAGUAUUUGGCCCGCUUACCCCACACCCAAACCAAUCACAAUCUCCUUCAACAUCCGCCUCAUCUUCUUCCUCCUCUGCUUUUAUCAGGGACCCACUUGUUAUCCAGAACCGUUCCCAUUCGUUCGUGGGUCCCUCCCCUCGCUACACCCCCUCCUCUUCUUCCCCUUUUCAAAUCCAAGAAGAGGAUCUCGAAAAUGAAAAUGAGGUUAUUGUUGAGGAGGAUGACAAGAAGGGGAAGAGUGAGCAAGUGGGUAGUAAGAUUGGGCCUGGUGAUUUCGAGAUCCUGAGAGUUGUUGGGCAGGGAGCCUUUGGUAAGGUGUUUCAAGUGAAAUACAAAAGGAGUAAUUGUGGAGAUGGGGAUGGGAUUUAUGCAAUGAAAGUGAUGAGAAAGGAUACUAUUAUCAAAAAGAAUCAUGUCGAUUACAUGAAGGCUGAGAGGGAUAUCCUCACCAAAGUCGUGCAUCCCUUUAUUGUUCAGCUUCGUUACUCUUUCCAGACCAAGGCUAAGCUUUAUUUGAUCCUGGAUUUUAUAAAUGGUGGUCAUCUCUUCUUUCAUCUUUAUCGGCAGGGGAUCUUCAGUGAGGAUCAGGCAAGGGUUUACACUGCUGAGAUAGCGUCUGCUGUUUCACAUCUUCACAAGUGCGGGAUUGUGCACCGGGAUCUUAAACCUGAAAAUAUUCUUAUGGAUUGUGAUGGACACGUUAUGCUAACUGAUUUUGGACUCGCAAAGGAAAUUGAUGAAUCAAGUAGAUCGAAUUCAUUGUGUGGGACCACAGAAUACAUGGCUCCAGAAAUUUUACUGUCAAAAGGCCACAACAAAGAUGCAGAUUGGUGGAGUGUUGGAAUACUCUUAUAUGAAAUGCUAACUGGGCAGCCUCCAUUUACACACAAAGAUAGAAAGAAGCUUCAGGAGAGAAUUAUCAAAGAGAAAGUAAAACUUCCACCAUACCUUAGCACUGAAGCUCACUCUUUGCUCAAAGGAUUGCUGCAGAAGGAACCAUCAAGAAGGCUAGGCAGUGGUCCUGGUGGAGGGGAUGAGGUCAAAAGUCAUAAAUGGUUUGGUUCAAUCAACUGGAAGAAGUUAGAGGCAAGGGAAUCGCAGCCGAAGUUCAAGCCAGAUGUGAGCGGAAAAGAUUGUACAGCAAAUUUUGACAAGUGUUGGACGACAAUGCCUCCUGAUGACUCACCGGCUGCCACACCAACAGCUGGUGAACAUUUCCAAGGAUACACGUACAUUGCGCCAAACCCUUGGCUUUCAUCUGCAUGAAUUAAGGGUAUUGUGAAGGCAGCCUGUCCAUGUUUUGUAAGUCUUGUCUCUCAUAAACUUUUUCCCUCAAGAAAAAAGAAGAAAAUGAAAAAUAAUAAGUGCAUGCUGAUAUUACACAUGCGUUGUACAUUGUUCUUGAAUAAAAGAUUAAAGCUGCUUGUUGAUUGCUUGGUUUAA